AAAGUGCACUGCGCGUCUUGUCGCAUAAACCGCGGAGCGGAGAUACGGUCAAGUGUCCAGAAGUGCCCGUGAUUCGACACGACCCACAUCGCACCACGUGCUCGUACCUCGACAAACCACCCCCGUAUGGCCUGGACCUUUGAAUCAUCGCUAAGCAACAAAAAAUUAAAUAUUACUCGCUAAGCAACAAAAAAUUUAUUCUUAUUCCAUCCAAAAAUCUUUUACUGAAAAUUUUAUCAGCGCUGCGUUAAUUUCCAGUGAUGCGUUUGUAAUUUUGCGGGGAGAUUUGUGAAAGUGUUUUCAAAGUACUUUUGACAAUUUAAAAUUAUCAAUAAUAAAAAAUCUAUCGCACAUUUACGCAUUUUUUAUUUAUAAAUUAUGAUCAGCCGUCAAGUUGUAUCAACUUUGCUGUCAAUCGUCGUGUUCAUUUCAUUCAUCUCCUACGGAGAUGCAGUCGUUUGUUACGAGUGUAACAGUGCAUUUGACCCAAGAUGUGGGGAUCCCUUCGAUCCAUACAGUCUUGGCACCGUAAAUUGCAGUUUCCAAGAGCGUCUCGAGCAUAUUAACAAUAUCGAGCCAACUAUUUGUCGUAAAAUUUCACAGAAAGUUUACGGAAAAGUAAGGGUAGUAAGAGGAUGCGGCUUCAUAACCGACGUAAGAGAUGACGCUGAUUGCGUAAGAAGAAGUGGUACUCACGAUGUAAUGGCGUAUUACUGCUCAUGUACUACUGAUCUUUGUAACAGCUCUAAUUACGCAACACCCACUUUUGGAUUAUUACUAUCAAUUUUUAGUAUUGUCUAUAUUUUGACAACUGAUUAGAAAACCGUCCCGAUGAUAAAAACUCAAUAAAUAUUUUCAAUAAUCAAUA